AUGUGUCUACCCGGUAUCUGCGACCCCUUCGACCUCGAAGACUGCUGUGGCGGCUCCGGCACGGCCGCGCCCCAGGCCAGGCAGCGACCAGUCCAGCAGCCCCCAAUCCGCCAGCAGCGAGCCGGAGUGCCAGCCGCCGCCGCCGUUCGCCCACCAAGGCCCACGCAAGUCCAAGGCCAAGGCCAACAGAUGCAGUAUCCCGCGGAACCCCAGAGCAUCCGGUUCCUGUGGAAGGCCGGGGGCUAUCUCCGCGGGCCCAUGGGGGGCACGGAUACAUUGCCUACCGUCAACGUGAGCAGGACGCCUCGCGGGUGGAUCGUCUUGGCUGGCGUCCCCAAGGGUUUACCCAGCAUCAAACCCUAUGAGCAGGGCCAGUUGGUUAGCGGGUGUCUACGGAACGUCACCAAGAGCUAUUUGUUCUCCAAUGCGCAGUACUACCGCACCAGGAAGGGUCUGGUGAUCUUGAAAGGGGGACAGGUCUCGGGAGUCUAG